AUGGCGGUGAGCAGAGGCUGCUCGGGCCUGUGGAGGACAUGCAGGGUGCUGUUCCCUGAACGCGGUAGCCCGUUCCUGGCUUCCGUCCGGGCUCAGAGCUCCGUCCGCGGGGAGCUGCUGCCGCGGACGUCGCUGUCGCGACCCCCGUGGCCGGAGCAGAGAGCCGUGGAGUCGGCGGAGGAGGAGCGGCGGCGUCACGCCGCGGUGGUGAGCACCGUGAACCGGCUCAUCCACGGCCGGGACUUCGGUCGCCUGUUCGCCGUGGUGCACUUCGCCGGGCGCCAGUGGAAAGUCACCGCCGAGGACUUGAUCCUGACCGAGAACCACGUCGACGCGGAGUGCGGGGACCGGAUCCGGAUGGAGAAGGUGCUGCUGGUGGGGGCGCAGGACUUCAGCCUGCUCGGCAGGCCUCUGCUGGGGAGGGACUUGGUCAGGGUCGAGGCCACCGUGAUCGAGAAGACGGACUCUUGGCCAAAGGUCAACAUGAAGUUCUGGAAAAGACACCGGUUCCAGCGCAAGAAGAUCAUCACCCAUCCGCAGACGGUGCUGAGGAUCAACAGCAUCGAGUUGGCUCCCAGACUCCUGUGA